AUGGACAACCAACAAAAGGACGUCGACCAGUCCCAGUACAUUGACAAUGCUAUUCGCGCCGUGCGUGAGAAGAAGCCGCUCCCUGAGAUCGACUUCACCCUGCAUACUAUGGAAGAUGGAAACCAAGUGAGCACACAGGAGCGUGUAUGCAAAGACGUACAAGCACCCGCCUUCCACCCACCCACCGACGAGCAAUUCUUCUCGCCCCAAGAUCGCACAAAGCCCAACAUCCAAUUCCUGAAGCAGCACUUCUACCGUGAAGGUCGCUUGACCGAGCAACAGGCGCUAUGGAUCAUAAAGAAGGGCACAGAGAUUCUCAAGUCUGAGCCCAACAUGCUUGAGAUGGAUGCACCCAUUACCGUGUGCGGUGACGUUCACGGACAAUACUACGAUCUCAUGAAGCUGUUCGAAGUCGGUGGCGACCCAGCGGAGACGCGCUACCUCUUCUUGGGCGACUACGUCGAUCGCGGCUACUUCAGUAUAGAGUGCGUUCUGUACCUCUGGUCUCUCAAGAUCUGGUACCCCAACACGCUCUGGCUACUUCGCGGAAACCACGAGUGCCGCCAUUUGACCGACUACUUCACCUUCAAGCUCGAGUGCAAGCACAAGUACUCCGAGGCCGUGUACGAAGCAUGCAUGGACUCUUUCUGCGCAUUACCGCUGGCCGCUGUCAUGAACAAGCAGUUCUUGUGCAUACACGGUGGACUAAGCCCUGAGCUACACACUCUGGAUGACUUGAAGAGCAUUGACCGCUUCCGCGAGCCACCCACCCACGGCCUCAUGUGUGACAUUCUUUGGGCCGAUCCUCUCGAGGAGUUUGGUCAGGAAAAGACCAACGAUUUCUUCGUCCACAACCACGUUCGUGGAUGCUCAUACUUCUUCUCGUACCCGGCUGCCUGCGCUUUCCUCGAGAAGAACAAUCUCUUGUCAAUUAUUCGCGCGCACGAGGCUCAAGAUGCUGGAUACCGAAUGUACAGGAAAACACGGACAACUGGUUUCCCUAGUGUCAUGACAAUCUUCAGUGCGCCGAACUACCUCGAUGUGUACAACAACAAGGCCGCGGUACUCAAGUACGAGAACAACGUCAUGAACAUCCGACAGUUCAACUGCACACCUCACCCUUACUGGCUGCCCAACUUUAUGGACGUCUUCACAUGGUCAUUGCCCUUCGUUGGAGAGAAGAUUACCGACAUGCUCAUCGCCAUCUUGAACACCUGCUCCAAGGAGGAACUCGAGGAAGAGACACCCAGCUCUCUGGCGUCAGGACCAUCAUCGCCUCCUCUUUCCAGCCUCGAUCCCGAAUCCACCGAAUUCAAGCGACGUGCGAUCAAAAACAAGAUUCUGGCCAUUGGUCGACUUUCCCGCGUGUUCCAAGUGCUGCGUGAGGAGUCUGAGCGCGUUACUGAGCUGAAGACAGCAUCGGGUGGUCGACUCCCCGCGGGUACCCUCAUGCUUGGUGCGGAAGGUAUCAAGCAGGCCAUUCACAGCUUCGAGGACGCCCGCAAGGUUGAUCUACAGAACGAGAGGCUCCCGCCGAGCCACGAAGAGGUACGAAAGUCUCAAGAGGUUAGCCGAGAGCAGGCUCUCGAAAAGGCCACCAAGGAGGCCGAUAACGACCAAGGGCUCGCCACCGUCGCAAGGCGUAUUAGCAUGAUGUUUAGGUUCUUGAUUUCUGUAUUGGCGGGCCACCAAAUGUCAUCAGUAUACCACGUAGGCCUUUGCCGACAUACGUCAACAUGGACAUUUCAACAGCAAUGCUCAACUUCAAGCCCGAUGCCUCCAUGGGUGGCCUCAGUGCCGCGACUGACGAUCUUUCGCAAGGCAGGGACGAUUGAUCGGCUCCCGCUUGCGCGUCGCUGUCGCAAUGUCCUCACUUCACGCUCGACGAUCCUCCGCGUGCGCUCCGCAUCGACACAUGUCUCGCCGACCGCGAUCAAUCUGCGCCCGCACAUCCCACCCCGGAACAAGGAGCUGUAUGAUGCGCUGUCCGCGCUCAGUGGAGCCGCCGAAACAUAUGUCAAUAUCAGCAGGCUGCAAUUGGCACUGCGGGGUCUCGCCGCGCAGGAUGCCGUCACAAGAGUUGCUGUUCUCGGUCUGAACAGUCAAUUAAGUGCGCAACAGCUUGCACGGCUACUGCUCGCAGAUCCGCUGAGUGCUGAAGAGCAGUGGGAGAAGGAGCUCGUGAAGACAAGCGAUGGCAACCAGAGGGCGGUACUACUAAAAUAUGGCGAUGACCCCGAUGCACACGCACCUUCACCCCUCUACAAAGUCCUCUCGAUACCCUCACGAACACUCCAGUCGCACAACCUAGAGGUCCUCGUCUCUACCAUUAACGUCAAUGUCGCCAAGUCCGUACCUCAUAUGACAACGGAGAGCUCUACUGAAUCGUUGUUGGUUCCCAAACUCCAGGCCACUUCUGCACGAGGACUACCGGUCCCAUACCCGGUACAUAAGACCUUGGUACUGGGAGAAGGAUUAGACAGUGCGAUUGCGUUUGGAAGAUUCUCGGCGGAUGGAUUGGAAGAGGCGCAAGAGGUUGUGAAGAUGGCUGUUGACCUUCCCGCGCCAUCGGAAGAGGCGAAACAAGACACUCAGACCGCAAGCGCCCCUAUCAAUAUUCAAGUCGGCACAAAGGCGCUCGACAGCUUCCGUGAAUCGAUUCAGAACUCCAUCAUAUAUGAGCGGGGGUGGUUCAAAAGCGGUUUGCCCACGCUGUCGGAGUGGCUGGUUCGAGAUCUCCAGGCUACAGACACCAUGAAGCCACCGAUGAAGACACUUAUCAGUUCUAUAGCGGAUGAUGUGGAAGCGAGCAUCACGAAACAAGACGCUGCAAGAUUGCAGCAAAUGGCCUCCGUACCAAGAGAACAAGAUGUCACAACGUCUAUCGUUGGCCAUCUCGAAACCUGGGCCGAAAAGUCUCAUGCAGAGCUCCGCGAUCAGCUCGAUGAAGCUUUCACGGCGAAGAACUGGCACAAGUUGGCUUGGUGGAAGCUCCUCUGGCGUGUCGACGAUGUCACAAUGAUAAGCUCUGAGAUCCUCGAGCGGCGAUGGCUCGUCUCAGCGGAGAAGAACAGCAUCUACCUCGCCGGUCGCAUGAACCAAGCCGGAUUUCCAGAUGACGUCCAACACCUCGCUGUCGCUAACAUUCCUGAGGUGACAACGCAGGAAACAGCACCGACAGCAGAGAAUCCACGAACGGACCUUUCCACCAACGUCCGGAAGCCGAUGCCAUGGUCUGAUCACAUUCCUGCUGCUCGCACAGACCUCAUCAACGACACUGUCCCGCCUCUGCAGGCCCUCGCUCAACGACUCAUCUUACAGACCUUCAGCACGACGUCCCUCUCUUCUGCCGCAUCAGCACUCCUCUACGCCUCAGUAUCUUCCUUCUCCGUUUUCGAGGCUUCGGCUGUCGCAGCACUUGGUCUCACAUUCUCUCUUCGCCGUAUGCAGAAGCUAUGGGAAGGUGCUAGAGAAUCGUGGGAGGAUACCCUGAGAGAAGAAGGGAGACGUACGUUGAAAGGUACAGAGGAAAGGAUCAGAUUCGUUAUCAGGAAUGGAGGAAAGGGGUAUGUUGAGGAAGAAAGCGUUGCUGAGAAGAGGGCAGCGAGGGAAGCUGUAACAAAGGUUAGAGAGGCACUUGAGCGAAUGAACGGUGGUGCUGGAAAGGGAAGUGUAUGA